AUGGACUCCAAGAAAAGGAAAACCGUGCCAGACUCUAUUCGUCCGAUCGUGAAGACAAAGAGAAAAUGGAAUUCAUCGACUAUUAUUCUCACCGCCGCCGCCGUCGUUAUCGCUGCCGUAGCAUAUAAAUUCUUCCUGAGCAACAGCAGGCAAUCCAAGAUCCUCGCGGACUCACUUGAAAUCAAGACUCCAGCAUUCAAUGUUGUUGAUCUCCCCGGACGAGGGAAGGGAUUAAUCGCCUCCAGAGAUAUUGAACAAGGCGAACUUUUAAUCAAAGAAAAACCUUUGAUUCUCGUUCCUAGCUCAACGACCCAGUCUCCUGUCAAAGUACUGAAAGAACGUCUAAAUGCCUUAACGCAAGACGAAAGGAAUGCAUUCCAUUCCCUAUCCUACGUCACUCCUGGAAGAGAUUCGAACACACAAGACUCACUUUCUGAUGACGAGAUGGUAUUAGCUAUAUUCCAGACUAAUGCUAUUUCAGCCGGAGACAGUGCUGGUUUGUUCCCUCAUACCGCAAGGUUGAACCAUGGAUGCAGCAAGGCCUUCAAUUCCGUGUAUUCUUGGAGGCCUCAUGAAGGACACCUCGUCGUACAUGCGUUGAAACCAAUCAAACGCGGCCAGGAACUCCUCACCACAUAUACAGACACCAAAAGACCGCGCCGUGAACGCCAACACUACCUCAAGAGCUACUACGACUUCACCUGCUCAUGCUCAGUCUGCUCUCUACCAGAAUCAGAAUCCCUCGCUUCUGACGAACGUCUCUCGAAAAUGAGUUCUCUCCAUCAAACAUUCGCAUCAUGGGGAACCCGAGAAGUCGACGGAAUCAACGCCUCGCUAAUCGCAAAGGCAAUUUGGGAGAUCGGAGAAGAAGAAGGAUAUUGGAGCGAGCGUGGAAGACUCGCUGCGGACGUAGUGCAUAUUGCAGCUGCUCAUUCUGAUGAGAAUGCUGUAUUGGCAUGGGCAAAGCUUGCACAUACUUGGUUCUCUAUUGAGCUCGGUGUGGAUAGCACUCAAGCUCUACAAAUGCAAGCCUUGUUAAGCAAUCCGCGUACACAUCGCGCUUGGGCAUCGAGAGAACCACAAUCAAUAGAAUUGCCGGAUGUGAUAUCUUAGCUUCUAUAAUUAUAACCACAAUCCCGAGUUGUGUGUAUUUUCGUAACUUAUUACUUGGAUAACUACCUCUAUUGUUUAUCUUGUAGUUUAGAGUAGUUGUGAUGCCCAGGAUGUCGAGUUGCUAGUAAAUACAUG